CGAAAUAGACAGUGGACUGCAGUACUGGUUUGGAGUUUGUUCAAUUUCUUCCUAACUGUCCAGUCUCCAUUGUUAACUAUGCUAACUCGAAUAACUCGUACCGGGAUUCAUGCUAAUGGAGUCAAGAAUCCACUCGUUUUCUCCAUCGACAACUUCAGAUUUGUCCUUCACUGCUCCACCAGUGCUGCACCAACUCAUUACUUGGUGGACCUUCUUGUUGAUUCUCUUGGGUUUUCAAAAGAAGAAGCAGUUACAACAAGCAGCAAGAACCCAAAGCGUAUAACGCGGAAUCUUGGAUGUCUUAAGGAUGUUAUUCAUAGAGUGGAGAAAGACCUUGGAAUCCCUCGUGAAUCACGUACAUUCUUCAAUGGAAUUGCUGCCAUUGUUACUUUCCGUCAGUCAACUUUGGCAAAGAAGAUUGAUGUUUAUAAAAGUUUUGGUUGGUCUGAUGAACAUAUAAGAACCAUGACCAGAAAUUAUCCUUCCUGUUUGAGUUCCUCAGAGGUAAGAAUCUGUAAACAGUUGACUUUUCUCAUGAAUGAAGUUGGCUGCACGUCAGAGUAUUUAGCAUCUCAUUCUCGUCUGCUUACGCAUAGUUUAGAGAAGAGAGUGAUUCCAAGAUAUAGGGUCCUGAAAAUUUUAAAUGAAAAACAUCUCAAAAAAGGUGUGGGUUUAUUCACUGCUGUUAGCAUGACGCCAUCAAAGUUUAUGGAAGUACUUUUGCUGCCUUACAAGGAUAGAAUACCCAUUGCAUAUGAAGCAUACAUGAAAAGUGUCGGAUGAAAUAGAUUAUAUCAGUUUCCACUUGUUGAGGGAUCCAGCUAGGGCGUUCACACCAAGGCUCAUAUUGAAGAGACGGUAUUGAAAGCCAUGGGAGGUUCCAAUUGAAGACCAAGAUCCUUUCUGGAGAUGUGUAGGUACCAAGAUGGACUGAAAUUGGAACUCGUUGGACCAAAUUUAAUAAUGAUUGUGACUGCUCAAGUAUGUUGAUCGCCCAGACAUGCACAGUUGGCCAGAUUUUUUAUGUUGCUCAAUAUAAGACACAAUUCAUAUAUCCUCAUGCGCUUGCAUAUGGUCUUGGCAUAGGAACGAUUUGAGCUCAUAGCAUCGGGAUAAAUGCAACCUUGUUGUUCUUGUUCAACACCUAUGGUUGCGGCUGAAGUAGAGCCAAACUCGUGUUAAUCAUUCUAACCUGAUGUAGUUUGAUAAAUCUAGUAGGUUUCGUCUUAUUUCACUUUGAAUGGAUUGCUUGAAAAUAAAUUGUUUACCAUAUUGGAGACCUUGUAUAAGUUUCUUGUUUAUCCAGCCUUAUUCCACUCCCCACAUAUCAGUUUUACUA